AUGCAUUUCUCUUCAUUUAUUGAGACGAUAAAAGACGUCACAUCUCUUUCUUCUUCUACACAUCUCCCACAACAUUUUCUUCUUCUUUUUCUUCCUCCUCCUCCUCCUCCUCCUCCUCCUCCAUCUUCUUCUUCUUCUUCUUCUUCUUCUUCUUCUUCUUCUUCUUCUUCUUCUUCUCUCUCAUUUACCUCCUUAUACAUCAUUAUUUAUUCUCUUUCUUUUCUUCAUCCUUCCCCUCAGUCAUCAGUUUUACGUUCUUUCCCUCUCUUUCCUUCUCUAGACUUCUUAUUUCUGCCCUUAACACUUAUUUCAUUUUCCUUUUCUCUCGAACUUCCUCCUUCUUUUUUCUCUCCUACCUCCCUCCUUCUUCUCCUCCUUCUUCUCCUCCUCCUUCUCCUCCUUCUUCUUGAGUCCUAUACACAUGCCAGGACAUCCUCUUAUUUGUUUUUAUAUUAUGUAAUCGUCAACCUGACUGAUUUCUCUCUCUCUCUCUCUCUCUCUCUCUCUCUCUCUCUCUCUCUCUCUCUCUCUCUCUCUGGGCCUUCCCCCUUCUCAACUGCAUCGUCACUCUCACUUUUUCCCUUCUCUAUUACUGCUAUCCUCUUUCUCUAUUCUCUUCAUUCUUUACACUCUUCUUCAUUUACACAAAUCAUCUGCAUAUUUUCUUUCAUUGCUUUUCUUUUUUCUUUCCCUUUUUCUUCUGCUGUCAUAACGUUUUCAUUUUCCUCAUUUUGCCCUCCUUUCCUAUUUCUUUUUCUUUGUGGUUUUCUUCCUACUUUCCUUGUAUCAUCUAUUGCUCCUCAGUAUGUCUUUUACCAAACUACUUCUAAAUGCCCCUUAAGGGGCUCCGUCAAAGCCCUCCCCAAUUCUUUUUAA